AUGUCUGAUUCUCAUCCCGGUCCGCCCCACUAUAUUGGAGAAUGUGAUGAUAUGUCUGACAGCAUACAUAUAAGCAACAUAGUUGAUACUAAUGAAGUGAAUACCAACAACGUUGAUAAAAACAAGAGCCAUGGACAUAUCAAUGAAUAUGACGAUAUUGGAGAAUGUGAUGAUAUGUCUGACAGCAUACAUAUAAGUAAGAUAGAUGAUACAAAUGAAGUUAAUACCAACAACGUUGAUAAAAACAAGAGCCAUGGACAUAUCAAUGAAUAUGACGAAGUGGAGAUGAUACCGAAAGAGAAGAUUGUUUUUUCAGGCGUUGAAAUCAAUCAUGGUUUCUUGAAGUUAUUCCCAGAAUUUCAACUGGUCUCCAUAGAAGACGCUUCUAUUGUUGUUGUUGCUACAGAAAAAACAGGGGCUGCCCCAGUCACAUUGAAAGUCUUAAAAGCAUUGCUAGGGAGGCAGAGAGAAAUUGUAAGCCAUCGAUGGAUCAAAGAUUCUGUCAGGAUUGGAACACUGCAGGAAAAGCUGAUGUAUAAAGUUUCCAACAGUGCUGGGUAUGGUCAAUGGAGUGACAACGAAAAUUACAAGCCAUUUGAUUACCAGAUACAAAAUAGUACCGCUUUCAAUGAUAUUUCAGAGGGUGAAAUCCGACAUCUGCUAAAUUCAAUAUGUGGUACUGAAGUGUUAGUUCCAGCUAAAGAUACAAUCAUAAUGUGUGGUGAUGGAGAUUUAACAACAUCUGAGCAAUGUGUACAUAAGGAGUGGCUUUUUCAUUGCAUCAUUACUGGGGAAAUAGUUCAUCCAAGAUAUUACUAUGAUGAGUUUCCCACAGAGGUUGUUCCAGAUUCUGAUGAUUCAUCUGUAGUUAGUUUCAAAGAAUUCACAGAGGUUAAGAAAAUUAAAAUUCAAACAUCCGGUGCUAAGUUUGGGAAGCGUUCUCAGAAAAAACAGUGCUGCAUUUAUUGUGAAACUUUAACAACAAAACUAGCAAGGCACUUGGAACUGAAGCAUUCUUCAGAAAUUGAGGUUGCAAGAGCCUUAAGCUUUCCAAAGAAAAGUGAAAUGAGGAGAAAAGCUUGGCUUGUUCUUUCUGCAAAAGGUAAUUUUCUUUACAACAGUAAGGUUGUUGAAAAUGGAAAUGGAACUAUCAUACCAAAGUAUCGUCAAAGGAAAGACAGUAAAAAUAAAGAAUAUCUUCCAUGUGAAUUUUGUUGCGCACAUUUUGUUAAAUCUGACUUAUGGAAGCAUCAAAAAACAUGCCCCAGAAAGUCUCCUGGGAAAAAAAGUGAUGGUCCCGUAAAAAACUCACGGUUACUUAAUUUCCCGAGCUUAAAUGAUUUUAAAAACCUACAAACACAUGUGUUGUCUAACAUGAGACAAGAUCAUUUAAAAGUACUUAUUGAGAAAGACGAACUCAUACUUCAGUAUGGCCAAAGACGGUUUGAAAAAACUGGUAAACAUAUCCACACACAUCAGUAUAUAUCUCAGAAGUUACGGGAAGUGGCACGUUUCCUUUUCGCUGUAAAAAGCAUUGACACAUCAGUUCACAGUUUGUCAGAUUGCUUGAAAGCUGCUAAAUGGGACUUAGUUUUGAAAGGAGUCAAGUCUGUAGCUAAGUUUGAGGAAUCUAGUCAGACAUUCUCCAUACCAAGUUUAGCAUUGAAGAUUGGACAGAGUUUGAAAAAGUGUGCCAAGAUUAUGAGAACAAGUGCAUUAAAAAGCGGGGAUGAUGACCAAUUUAGACAAGCUGAUAUGUUUUUAACUAUCUAUAAGGAAGAAUGGACAGCCCUCAUUGGUAGCCCUCCCUAUAAACCCAGGUAA